AUGAAAGAGGUGGUGAGAUUGCAUGUGGUGUCUGUGUCCAUCGUGUCUGAUAGGGACCCUCGUUUUACAUCCAACUUUUGGAAGAGUUUUCGGACAACAUUGGGGACUUGGGAUUCUCACUUGCACUUAAUGGAGUUUGCUUAUAAUAACGACUACCAGGCUACCAUUGACAUGGUGCCAUUUAAGGCCUUGUAUGGGAGGAGUUGCAGGCAGAAAAGUUACACUGAUGUUAGGCCUAAAGAUUUGGAGUUUGAAGUAAGUGAUAAAGUAUUUCUAAAAGUGGCACACAUGGGGGAAGUUUUGACAUUUGGCAGGAAAGUUCAUGAUGUUUUCAAUGUUUCUAUGUUGGGGAUGUACAUAGUGGAUCCAUCUCAUGUUGUGGAUUAUGAGCAUUUGCAAUUGUAUGAGAACCUGAGUUACGAAGAGAAGCCUAUUCAAAUCCUAGCCAAGAAAGUGAAAGUUUUGCACAAUAAAAAGAUAGUAUUGGUAUUUGGAUGGUGGGUUUUUGAUUUGAUCCAAAUUGCUGCUCUGCAACUGCUGGGUUGUGGUGGAAAUGGGGAUUUGGGUGGUGGGUUGUGA